AUGAAGAGUCGGCCGACGAGGGAUCGUCUCGUUCUGGUGAAGGUGAUGAGCGCUGUCAAGACGGGCAGAUGCGUGCAAUUGUCCAAGUCAAAGAUCAGAGGAAGUCGAACGAGGCUCAGAGCAGAUCUGCCAUUGAGUCGCAUCAUGUCCCAGUGUUGGCACUUUGUUCUAGCUUUAAACAAUGAUAAACAACCAUUAGGCUUCCCAUUGAGCGCCACUGUCGAGAAACCGCGCAGUAGCUCCAGUGAUGGAUCGCACUCGCACAAUAGGGAGCCGAGUGUAAGACAAAACACUGCGCGAACUGCGCAGCGCCGUGUCCGUCUAUUGUGCUCGGGAUUCAAAGAAGGUCCACCUCCAGCUGGUAAUUCGCUCGCCGAGUGA